CAUCCAGAGGACAGAUCUCGAGAGAUCUCCUUGUCUGUGUGUGUGUGAUUGAAUGGCUAAGGGUAGGGGCUUUGCUCAUUUAUGGCCAUCGACAUCCCAUCAUACAUCUCACUCAAGGUGAGGAUGACGCCGCGGUCAAGGUGAGCACAGACAAACGAGGCAGUGCAGGCAGGCAGGCAGGCAGGCAGAGAAGGAACAGAAGGGAUCGAAGAGAAUGGAGGGACCACGGCACACAUCCACAACCGCGUGGAUGUGUGUGGUGGUGUGUGUACCUGUGUGGAUAGUGAGAGCUUUGUUGUCGUCGCCUCACCUCUUGAUGACCGCCCUUCGGCCGAUCAAACAGCCCACACAGCAGCAGCAGCCAUGGAUGGCUGUCGACUCGCCGUCGUGGUGUCGCCGUGUGUCGACACGGACGGGUUGGGUUCUCUCAAAGGUGAGCCUGACAAUAACACGGGCAGAUGUGCAAGCACCUCGACCGACACUGUGGCGUGUAGGUGGGUGGAUGGAUGAAUGGAUGAAUGGAUGGAUGGUCUGUCUGUCUGUCUGUCUGUCAGCACCGUGUCAUCGUGUCCUUCUCGCCCAUUUGGAUUCUCUGUCUUUGUCUUGCUUUGACGUACUUCAGAAGUCCUCAUGUGAGGAGCAAGGCGUGGCUGGUUGAGCGUCAGAGUGACCAAAGGCGGCGGGCAUGAGUACACCAGCGUUGGCUGCGACGCUGACACACAGAUAGCCAUACGGGCAGUAUACUCCCUGUAUGUGUGCCAACAUUUGUGCAUAUGUGUGUGUAAGUGUGGAUCGUGAUGGUUCCAAUCGAUUGGAUUCAGU